AGUUCAAGUUUUCUCCCAAGUUGUUUGCUUGAUCACUUCACGUUUCACUUUCACUUGAUCAACUUUACUUUUCAACUUCUGACUUUCAUUUUUCGGGUCUUCUGAUUUUUGAUAGUUUUUCCUGUUGACCUUUUCUUAGGCUUCUACUUUCAUACUUUGUCUGUUUAAAUUAUGGAUUCAAAAUCUGGUUACCCUGAUCUUUCUGGUUCAGCACCACCACCAUCUGGCUUUGGACCUCCACCACCAUACCCAAUGGAUAACCAUCACCCAAUGUCUCACCACCAUCCACCUCCUGGUAUGCAGUAUGCCCCUGUAGCUCCUGGACCACAGAUAAUUGCUCCACCACCAAGUUUCGGGGCUUACCCUCAAAACGCUUUCUGUGCCCACUGUAAUCAAAUCGUGACUACCAGAACUGAUUUCAAAGUUGGAGUAUUGACAUGGUUGGCUUCAGCUGGUUGCUGUUUAAUUGGAUGUUUCGCUGGAUGCUGUUUAAUCCCAUGUUGUACCGAUUUUACUCGCGAUGUAGAACAUGCAUGUACCAAAUGUGGCCGAAGGCUUGGAAUCUACAAACGAUUAUAACCAACCUUUCAAUUCUAGUUCCCAAUCUUACCUUAAAUGAAAGUCAAGAGCAUCACUGAAACUACUUCUCUUGAUAAUUACUUGACUGAACACUGCUUUGAUCUUGCUAAAUCGAUUCGUGUCAAUUUAAAUUUUGGUAACGCACAUUCAUAUUGUACAUUUCAAUGUAAAAUCAAUGACCUCUUCAAUUUUUUUCUGUGAAUCACCAAACCUUUUGAAUCCAUCCUGCAUCUGUAAAUUUAUUGGACCAGUAUUCAUGUGCUAAUCUCAAUUGAUUUUGUUCAUAGUGCUAUGCGAUGUAAACAAUUGGCUAUUCGUCAUUUGGAAAGUGCAGGUGUAUCUCUUGUUUGGUGAACCUAUCUCUGGUUAUAAAAUAACUUCCUUGGAAUCAUGUUUAUCAUGUAACCACUAAACUAAAUCACUUUAUCACUGUAUUUAUUUCAGUGAUACCAUUCUCAAUAUUGGAAAUUAAAUUCAAAUUUUU